AUGAACACCAGUGGGAAUUGGACGUUUCCGAAAACGGAUUUGGAUCGUUUGCGUUAUCGCGUAUUUGAAUACUUGUGGUCAAAGCAGCUGUAUAUUACACGGGGUCUCAAAUUCGGUGGCGAUUUCAUGGCGUAUCCUGGUGAUCCUAUGCGUUUCCAUAGCCAUUACAUUGUACUUGCUAUGGAAAGAGACUCCCCUCUUGCACUAUUGGAUAUCAUUAGCAAGGGAAGGCUGGCAAUCAAUGUUAAAAAGACGUUCGUGAUCGCAGGACCAGCGGAGGAAUCAAGCGAUGAUGACAUAGAGACCUUCUCAAUUCAAUGGGCAGGCUUUUAG